AAAUUCUUAAUGGAACGAGGCCAAGGAUUAUUGAAGGAACAACGCAAUGUUAUGUUGAUCUUAUUGGGAAGGUGCUGGAAUGAUAAUCCUGAUGAACGUCCAUCAGCUUCAGAGAUUUAUGAAAAUUUUCUAUCCUGGGGUUUAUUAAAAUUUAAAGAAUUUGAUGAAAUAUUGAGAAAUAUGAAAACUAUAGUUAGUCUUAAAACAGCAUUUAUGCACCCUGAAGCAGUUUACAAGAGCCGAAAUAUCAACUGCGAUGCUAAAUGUAUAGAAAUUCGGAAUUUUUAG